GUGAGUCGCAAUUGGGCGCACGCACACACACCUCCUUCCGACACCAGUCCUUCCAGGGCCCGGUACACAAAUAGACAGUGAACCGAGCAGGUGCUAGUUAAUGUAGUAGGUUAAAAUUUACACUAGAGUCUGGUUAAUAUACAAUUGGCGCAGACUUCACCCUGACAAGUUGCUUGGGUGCUUCUACGUCAUCGCGUGCUUGAAUGAAUUACAUUACGUGAAAGACCGCUGAAUUUUAACGCAUUUCAUCGCAGGACGGGCCCGAGUAACUAACCAAGGUUAUAAAUCGAUUAAAACCGAGUUAUCUCUGCUAUAAACCUGAAGUGAAGGUGCUUUAGGCUGCGUUUAAAUCAGUGAUGGACUUCCUCGCUGGCUGCAUGGGAGGUGCCGCCGGGGUCCUCGUUGGACAUCCGUUUGAUACGGUUAAGGUUCGUCUUCAGGUCCAGAGUAUAGAUAAACCUCUUUACAGAGGCACCAUUCAUUGUUUCCAGUCAAUCAUACGUCAGGAGUCUGUGCUUGGUCUUUAUAAAGGCAUUGGAUCUCCCAUGAUGGGCUUAACGUUUAUCAACGCCAUUGUCUUCGGUGUGCAGGGUAACACCAUGCGCUGGUUGGCCGAGGACACACCCAUGAAUCAGUUUCUAGCGGGGGCAGCGGCCGGCGCCAUACAAUGCGUCAUUUGCUGCCCCAUGGAACUGGCCAAGACCCGUAUGCAGAUGCAGGGCACUGGCGAGAAGAAGUCAUCCACGAGAAAGCUGUACAAAAACUCACUGGACUGCCUGGCUCGCAUCUACCAGCGCGAGGGUCUGCGGGGAGUCAACCGCGGUAUGGUUACCACUAUGAUCCGAGAGACCCCGGGCUUCGGCGUCUACUUCCUGGCGUACGAUCUGCUGACGCGCUCGCUGGGAUGCGAGCCGGAGGACCCGUACAUGAUUCCAAAACUACUGUUUGCCGGCGGCAUGUCGGGAAUCGCGUCGUGGCUCUCUACGUACCCCGUGGACGUGAUAAAGUCUCGCCUCCAGGCCGACGGGGUGGGGGGGAAGUACCAGUACAGCGGCAUCAUGGACUGCACGCGGAAGAGCAUCGAACGCGAAGGCUUGCGAGUUUUCACGCGCGGACUGACUUCCACCCUCCUCCGGGCUUUUCCGGUCAACGCCGCCACGUUUGCGACCGUCACCCUUUUCCUCAUGUAUAUGCGACCCGACGAGGGCCCUAAAGACUGCGAAACGGCUCCUGCGCAUCACGCGGCACUGCAGCAGCAAACGCAGCCAACCAGUCUGUGAGUAACUUUUUCUGACCACCUGACGGAAGGAACUAGUUCCCAACUCGUGGCUGACCUGUUACUGAAACGUUGUUAUGCAAUGUGCAUAUCUACCCACUGCAAACAGAAUUGCACAACUUUCUGUAAACAUGUACAAAAAUUUGAUCUCUAUAAACUGCAUUUGUAAAUAUAUUUUUUAUAUUCCAUAAUAUUUAACAAAACUGCAUUCUCUUUUCUGCCUUACAAGAACAGAGAGAAAGGACGAAUCCGACCUUUGAAAGUUUUACGAUUUACCUUUUUUGUUUAACUUGGCAGAACUAGAUAAACUAGUCUCUUGGCCUUGCAGAUACCUGCUACGCUGAAAAGAUGCAAAGUGAUCUCUAAACAAAGCUUAGCAAACUCUCAUUCAUUCAUACAGCACCAGGUGGGGUUUAAAUUGACGCAAAGAAAAGACUAGAAAGACUUUUUUUUGUUUGUUUUAUACAAUCAAGCACAGUGCUCAAACAGUACUAGUUUUAAUCAUGGCGUCUACUUUUGGGCCAAACCCCCAGGCUUAAUCCUGCCAACCUAACCAAUAAAAUCGACUAUUUGGCACUAGAAAAUUUUUCUAGCAAAUUUGUUAUUGCAAUAUUUUUUUUAAUAUUCUGAAAUGUAAAUCCAAGCUGCUUUCCAACCCUUUUUUUAUUGAAAAUAUAAAUGAAACUUUGGCCCACUAUUACAUUUUUUUACUUCAACGCUGGAUGAAGUUUUCUCGCAUUAUCAGUCUUCCAAAAAAAAAACGGACAAUUUGAAAGAACCUCAGUUGAUUAUGUUCUCACACUUGAGUCCAUGUAGCUUAACUUUAUGGUUUCUGUUGUUCACAACCAAAGGUUUUUGUCCUACACCCAAUUCUUUUCCUUCCAUGUGUGUUACAUAAAGGAGGUGUGGAUGGGCAGUGCUGAAAAUGAUUGCAAUAUUUGCAUGUUUUCUGUGUAUCAGUACUGCUAUUAUAAUAUUCAAAUGGCCUGCUGUAUUUGAGUCACAUCUUUAAAUGAACUACUGCAUGUGGGUUGUUACUGUAAGAUCAGUAUAUAUUUUAUGUUUGUAUAUAUCUAGGCUUUAUAUUUUUUCCGCGUGUAAAUAGGUGUGUUGCAUAUGUUUGUCGUCAGAAGUCCUGACGUUGAAAUGCACCUUGAGAAAGAACUGUAUGAGGGCAUUUUAAAAAAAUGUGCUGCUGUUUUUGUAAAUGUUACAUGGUUGUAUGUUUUAAUGUAAAUAUUUAGUAUUCGAUUGUGAACGGUUACAACUAAAUACUUAAAUGUCCGUGAGAAAUGUAAAUAAGCGGUGUAAACUGUAUUUUAUGGAGUUAAAUCGGUUGCAAUAGUACUUAAGUGAGUUUUAAUUGUAAUAGAUUCUUAUUUUCCUGUCUGUUAUUACUGCUGUUGCUGAAGAGACAGAACAAUAGAAAGUUUGAGAAAUUGCUGUCUUAUUUUUGUAAGAAAAGCUCAGUUCAGCAUUGCUCCCAUUUGAAAUGUAGUUGUCCUCAACCAGUUUACAAAUUGCUUUUGGUCGACUUAAAUGAAAUGUGAAAAUAAAUGGGAUAAAACAAA